AUGUCGGGUAAAACAGCGCUCGUCACCGGCGCCACAGGCUUCCUCGGCCGGCAGGUCGUCAAGGCCUUCCAAUCCCACGAUUGGACUGUGAAGGGCACCGGCUACUCGCGCGCAGACGGCGUCAACACCCUCAAGGUCGACCUCGCCAACCCUGCUGAGAUUGAAAUGGCUUUGGAAGGGGUGAAACCACAGGUCGUAAUACACUGCGCGGCAAACCGCUUCCCCGACAAGGUGGACGCGGACCCGGCCGGCACGCGGGCGCUCAACAUCGAGGCGUCGCGGGCGCUGGCGCAGCAGUGCGCCGCGCGCGGCGCCGUGCUCGUCUACGUCUCGACCGACUACGUCUUCGCCGGCCGCCCCGGCGACGCCCCCUACGAGGCCGACGCCCCCACGGGCCCGACCAACCUGUACGGCCAGACUAAGCUCGAUGGUGAAGGGGCGGUGCUCGGCGCGUUCGAGGAGGGUGCGGGUGGGCAGCAGGGUGUUGGUGGUGGUGGUGGUGGUGCUGUGGUGCUGCGCGUGCCGGUGCUGUAUGGGGAGGUGGAGGGUGGGAGGAAUGCGGAGAGCGCGGUUAAUUGUCUGAUGGAUGUUGUGAUGGGGGGGGAGGGGAAGGCGGGGACGGUGAAGAUGGACCAUUGGGCGUUGAGGUAUCCGACGAAUACGGAGGAUGUUGCGAGGGUUUGCUACGAUGUGGCCGUUCGUUAUCUGGGUGAAGAGAACAAGGCGUCGCUGCCGCGGGUGCUGCAGUUCUCGAGCGAGGACAAGUACACCAAGUACGAAAUGUGCCAGCUGUUCGGCGAAAUCAUGGGCGCGCCGAUCGAUCGAAUCGUGCCGAAUACCGAGGGGAACGACCCCAAGGCUAGCGUCCAGCGGCCGUACGAUUGCCAUCUCAGCACGAGGGCCCUCAAGGACAUCGGAAUUGAUGUCUCGACGCAGGACUUUGUUGGGUGGUGGAGGCGGGAAUGCCGGGCGUUUCGGCAUUGA